AUGGACCGCAACAACUCUUCGGGCAGCAGCCACGAUGCUGGAGAGUCCAGCUUCGAUCAUAGAGAGAAGCCUAGGACCCACCACAUCUAUGAUGUGGAAGGCCAGGACCGCAGCAAGCUGAAUGCUAUCUUUGAGAACCCUCUUGCCGGUGUCCCCCGAGAUGAGCUCUUUGAUGACGUCGAUCGGUUCUGUCAGAGAUAUGGACUGACGGAGCACAAAGAGCUCUUUCGUAAGGGUGCCCUUGUAUCCCAGAACCCUGCAGUGGCCGAGACCUUGCCCGACUUGACGGAGGAUGAACGUCAAGCUCUGCGCCGCGAGACAACCCACAAGUGGUCGCAGCCAUGGCAGCUCUACUUCAUGGCCACGAUGUGCUCCAUGGCCGCCGCCGUGCAGGGAAUGGACGAGACCGCCAACAACGGCGCCGUCGUUAUCUAUCCUAAGCUCCUCGGCAUUGAAUCUGACCGUUUCUCGCCAAUGAUGCAAGACUAUAUCACUGGCCUUGUUGUCGGCGCCCCCUAUCUGGCUUGCGCCAUUGUCGGCUGCUGGCUAACUGAACCACUGAACCGAGUCUUCGCACGACGAGGAACCAUCUUCAUCUCUUGUGUUGUUGCUGCUGUUGCAUCAAUCUGGGAAGGUGUUGCCAACUCCUGGGUCAACCUGUUCCUUGCUCGCUUCGUCCUCGGUCUUGGUAUUGGCUCCAAAUCCUCCACGGUCCCAGUGUACGCCGCCGAGUGUGCCCCUGCACCUAUCCGUGGAGCAUUGGUCAUGCAGUGGCAAAUGUGGACCGCCUUUGGUAUCAUGCUUGGCAACAUCAUGGGCGUGGCCUUUAUGAACCUGGAGGAAGACCUCAGCUGGCGCCUUAUGCUCGGCAGCACGGUCGUUCUUCCAAUCUUCGUCUGUGCUCAGGUGUAUUUCUGCCCCGAAUCACCCCGUUGGCUUAUUGAGCACAACAAGAUCCCCAAGGCAUUCCGGUCCUUCCAGACCCUGCGCAACACCGACCUCCAGGCCGCACGCGAUCUCUACUAUGCCUACAUUGGUGUUGAACUCGAGCGUAAGGUCAACAAAGGCAAGAACUUCUUCACCAUGUUUCUGGAGCUCUUUACAAUCCCGCGUAACCGGCGCGCUACUUUAGCCAGUUGGAUUGUCAUGUUUCUGCAACAGUUCUGCGGCGUCAAUGUGAUUGCUUACUACUCCACUACCAUAUUCAUGGAAUCGGGAUACAGUGUUCAGGAUGCCCUACUUGCGUCAAUGGGCACUGGUAUCCUGAACUGGGUAUUUGCUAUCCCGGCCUUCCUAACAAUCGACACUUGGGGUCGGCGCAACCUUUUGCUCUUCACGUUUCCAUUUCUCGCGAUAUGUCUCUUGUGGAGCGGCUUUUCCUUUUGGAUCGAAGAAGACGUCGUCGAAAGUCGGAAACGAGUGGCAAUGGUUACCACUGGCAUGUAUCUCUUCGAAGUCUUCUACUCGCCUGGCGAGGGUCCAGUGCCCUUCACGUAUUCGGCCGAAGCGUUCCCGCUGCACGUCCGAGAAGUCGGUAUGUCUUGGGCGACAGCGACCACAUGGUGUUUCAACUUCAUCCUGUCGUUUACCUGGCCUAUGCUCCUAAGGGCCUUCAAGCCGCAGGGUGCUUUUGGCUGGUAUGCGGCUUGGUGUCUGAUUGGAUGGUGGCUUGUUCUGCUGUUUGUUCCGGAGACGAAAGGUAACCUUCUCCCCAGUCUAACCCGCUCCUUCGCUAACCAGAUUACCAUAGAACUCACCCUCGAAGAACUCGACCGCGUCUUCUCCGUCAAAACGCGCCAUCACGCCGCGUACCAACUAAGGAACGCCAUCUGGCAUUUCCGCACCUGGGUGCUUCGGCAAAGACUUGAGCCGAUGCCCAAGUUGUAUGUGGUGGCGGACUCGCCUACCACACCGUCACCACCGGAAUUUAGGGCAGGCGCGGAUGUGGAGCCGAAGAUGCGCACUGAGAAUGUGGAGAAUGUGACACCGACGGAGACAAAGAGGGAGUAUGGAGCGGGGCCGUUGAGGCUGUAA